GAUGUCUGGAUGGUCGCGGCUCGAGCCGUAGAAACGGCGGCAGCUCGCGGGGGAAUGGGACCGAUUCGGCGGCGGCGGCCGAGCCGCAGUCGCAGCCACAGUCGCAGUCGCAGCCGCAGGCAUCGCGCGGAAACAGCUCGACUCAUCGCCACAAUGGCACCGAGAACUCGCGCGACACCGAUUUGCUGUCGCACGCGGCCUCGGCAUUGCGAAGGCUGCACUUCAAAUCGGCUGGCGGCAGUCGGAGUUGUCGCACCGUGCCGAAGGUCGUGGUCAUGGGAUCGAGCACCGCCUCCGAAACCACGAUCAACACCAGCACGGACAGCGCCAACACGAUGCUCACCAUGGUGACGACCACGGACGGAGAGCAGCCAGACGACAGUUUCGACCUGGUGGACAUCCCCUCGGAGAUGUCACCGCCUGCUCCACUGUCGGCAGCUCCGCCGCCCGAGCCAGCUCCACCGCCACCGCCACCGCCUCCACCACCGCCCCCGCCACCCUCGCCGCCCAUCGCCGAUUACACGACCGCGGACGAGAAGGGUGCCAAAACGAGCCCGUUAACAUCCACCACCGUGCGAACGGAGAUCACUGCCCGUCUCGAUGUCCGGGCGUCGAGUACCUCGAACCUCCUCGACGAGACCGACGCUCCAUCGGUCGAUGCCACGAUGCUCACUGCCACUGGUCCCACCUGCGAGACCAGGGUGUCCGUUUCUGGCAGGACUCCCCCUCUACCGGACCUACGAGCCUCCGACUUUUUUAGUACACCGGUGAGGGGUUCGGUGGACGCUGGUCAGCCAGAUCCGGACCACGUGAACUCGAUGCUGUCGCUGAUAGCCGAUAAGGCCCAGGACAGCAACGGUCGGCAGUGCAACGCGUCGUCCAGCGAGGGCAAACACGGGCAGAAGAGGCCAAACGUGAACGUCACGACGAAUCCGUUGGACAUAUCGUUGAUAGGAGCGUGCGCAAGCAACGAGCGAUCGUCCGAUGGUCCAGGUAGGACCGGCGGUAGCAAGCUUCGAGGAAGAGCAGCCGCCGAAUCUCAUCCCCUCGUUUCGACCAUUCAUUCAUGGGUCAGGCUCUUUUUCCCGUUUUGCGCAAUAGGUGGCAACGCGACUGGGAACAAGAGAUCCACGCAAGCAGCGACGAUCGUGGUCCAACAACCGUCCCUCUCGUUGGACGGAUCGGCUGGGGCCGCGACGAUACUCUUGCAUCCUGAGGUGGACGUCAGACGACGAGAGGAGAACAUGAGACAGUUACUGGACGUCGCGAACACGCUUACGUUACAGGAGAUACACGACUUCGAGAUGAGAUACGGUAGUCCGCAUCACAGCAGAUCGCAGUCGGUUAAGACGCCCGGCAGUCGUUCGUCGGGCAGACCAAAUUACCUGUGUCUUCCGCAACAGAGAUCGCGAGUGGCGAGUAUGCCGAACACCGGCGUCGAGGAGGAGUACUACAGGCUCCGACACUUCAGCAUAACCGGCAAGGGGGUGGUGAACCGAGGGGACUCCCUGAAGAGCCGGAGAUCGCGAUCGAACAACAGCGUCGCGUCGAGCAACUCGAGCACGGAACACCUCACGGCUUCCUAUCCUGGCUCGGCGAGGAACUCGGCAGCUGGCUCGUUGGCGAGCUCACGCGAGAGCAGCGCGUCUCAGGGACCAACGCCGUAUCGUGUUCUCAUGCUGGGAGCACCCGCCGUGGGCAAGAGCUCGCUGGUCUCGCAGUUCAUGACCUCGGAGUACCUGCACGCUUACGACACUUCGAUCGACGACGACUCCGGGGAGAAGACUGUCAGCGUGCUCUUGGCCGGAGAAGAAUCCGAACUGACCUUUAUCGAUCAUUCCUGCGCCGAGAUGACGCCAGAAACUUGCAUAGCGACGUACGAACCGCACGCGUACUGUGUCGUCUACUCGACGACCGAUCGAACGUCGGUAUGUGUAGCCGAAGAGGUUCUGCAAACUCUUUGGUGCAGCGAUCACGUAUCGGCUCGAGCGGUAAUCCUUGUUGGAAACAAAGUCGACCUCGUUCGCAGUCGAUUGGUUUCGACCGCAGAGGGAAAGUGUAUGGCUACAUCCUACGACUGCAAGUUCAUCGAGACGUCCGUUGGGUUCAAUCACAACGUCGACGAGCUUCUGGUAGGCUUGCUCACGCAGAUACGCUUGAAGCUCGAGAAUCCUGAGAGAACGAGGGACCUCUUUCGGAAGAGGUCGCGAAAGAAUCGUAGCAAAUCGCCGUUAGGAUCGUGCUCUGAGAAUAAUUCGCCGAAAAAGUAUCGCGGUAGCCGUACGAGUACAAGUCUGAAGGUACGAAAUUUAUUGGGUAAGGUGUGGGCGAGGGACAGCAAGUCCAAGAGUUGCGAGAAUUUACACGUUCUAUAAAAAUCGUCCGUCUUCGCAUCCAUUCUCUAUGCUUUCAACCCUUUCUACCUGAUCAUCAUUACCUAUUUGGAUUCUAUUCGUUUCAGAAAGUAGUCGUAUUAAACUAGGGUUGGCUAGGAAAGAACAAUUUGUCCCAUGAUGUUCAUUUUCUUUAACAUAUGUUCCUGUGAGUCUCAGUUGUAAGUUGGCCACCAGAUACAUUUACUGGGACGUAUACGUCCCAGUAGGGUCGAAAGGGUUAUACCUUGCCUUCCACCCUCUUGCUGUAAACACAUCUUCCCCUCCUCUCUUGUGUCGUUUUCUCGUCUGUCGCCACCUCGUUCGCGUGUGCUCGUUUCUGUUCGCAAUUUUCGCCACCUCGCUUCGUUUUGUUGGUCCGUUCGGUCGCGUGAACGACUACUUUGGAUUUCACAUCGCAGAAGCAUUAGGGGCGCAAACACGGUAUUGUCACGUCAUGAGAACGCACGAAACCUCCGACCCAUGAAAUCACUUACUUGCGCCGGAGAUUUAUGAACGAAUGCGCUUAGUUACGCGACUCGUUCAAAGUUAAAGCUAAUAAUAGAACUGAGAACGUUACUUUACUAUUUAUAUUAUUAAAUUAUUUAGAUUAAUUCAGAGUUAAGCUCCUUUCACUGAUUUAAUUUAAACACUCUCGCACUGAAAAUGGUCAAGUGAACAGAAUUUAAAAAAAGUAAUUUUGUGUCUGCUGUGCAUUGCGAAUUAUUUGAUUUGAGACGAAGAGGUUACAAGAGGAGUACAAAAGUACUUUGUAUUACUUUUUUUUUUUUUAAGUAAAAUUGACGUAUUGACGAUCACUACGUGUGCUCACGUGACGUGCCAACAAUAUUUCCUUCUUUAUCUUCUCCUUCACCGAAUCACCAACCAUACUACUUUGUCGAUACCUUUUUGUCGCGAUUACCCCCGUCACCAUAGCACCGUUCCCCCAUUCUGAUGAUAAACAAGGAACGCGAUUAAACUCUUCGUUAGUCAGAACAAGCAUAUUUUUAUUUCAAAGCCUUCGAUCGUGGUAUUUUGGUCCCCUCCGGCCCCAAUCAAAAUAUAAUCUAAGACAAGAUACCGAGAAGAGCUACUUUUGCUCAUUGGCAAUUUAAUAAAAACAUUGAAAUGUAAGGCAACAAUUCUCUCCCGUUGAUAUCUUAAGAAGAAUUCCACAAAUAUGCAAGAUAUAUUUAAUUCCAGAAGACCAAUCGUUUAUUGCUAUUCCAAUAUUCUUAUUUACCACCGAAGGAGACCAAGAACACCACGACGCGUGUUUAAAAAUAAAUUCACGCCUGUCCAGACCGACGAAAGAGGAUCUACUUCGACACACAAGCAAUUACUCGAGUAAUAUUUUAAAUAACGCGACUUCGUAUCGUUUCGUAACGACGACGACCAAAACAAAAACGGCUUAAAUAACCGAAAGGAUGGAAGGAAACAGACCAGCGGAAACGGAUCCGCUGUUGAAAAAACGCGGCAAGCGUUUUCCCAGGCGCCCAAAACGUUUUUACGCACUCUAUAAUCGCGCACUCGAUGAUACAUCUCCCCUUUCGCUUUUUAUUCAUCGACCGGAAGCGCGGCGAAUAUAGAGAGAGAUUGCUGAAAUACAUGGAGUGCAAAACGACGCGCGUGGAUCGUUAACGAUCGAUACGGUACCCGUAAAUAUCCGAACGAGCACAAGUAUAUGCAUACGCACACGUUUGCAAAUACGUAGAUCGAUUAUGCACGUAUAUACAUGUAUAAUACUAAACUAAAUUACACACACUCGAAUGCACGUAAACGCGACACGCCCGCUCGCACUUAUGCACGCAUGCACACUGUACACGCACGCGAGUCGAUUUCAAUUUUCCGAUAGCAGGAUGUUUCGCGAUACCAGACAUUCUCGUCGUUGUACGCAUAUAAUUGCGCACGUCUCGUACACGUUUCGACGUUCUUUUCUAUUUAACGUAAGAGAAUUUACGCGAGAGCAGGCAAGAAACCGGUGCAUAGUUAAAUACGCGCGCCGAGAGAAUGCGUUUUAUUUUUGCGGACAAAUCUUCUGAAGACAUCCACGACCUUUUGGAGAAGCGUAAUUAAUACUUCCUUAACCGUUUUUAAAAAUCAAACUGAAAUGUGACCGCCCCCCUUUGAUUUUUAUCAGGACACGAGACUCUUCCAAGCAAUAUAUAUUAUACAUUUGUAAAUUUUACAGAACCUUUAUAAAUCUUUUCUAAAGUUACGAAUUGUUUAUAGACGUACAAACUUUUUGUAUUUUUAUACAUCGUUGAAGUUUACAAAUUUGUUGGACAUCCAUGAAUUUUGUCGUGAAAUUAUAAACCUGUUAUACACCCACGAAUUUGUUGCAACAUGGAUCCCCUUAGCUAUAAAUUUAUAAACCCACGAACUCGUUAUACAACCAGAAUCUUGUUAUAAAUUUGUUAUAUAUGCCCAUAAAUUUGUUGUAAACUUAUAAAUUUGUUAUAAAUCCACAUAUAUAUGUAUAUAAAUAUAUUCUACAAAUUCGUUGUGAAUUUAUAAACUUUACAAGUGUUUUGUAAGUUUAUCGACUCGAUACUCGGUAACUUUCUAAUUUUUCAUAAUUAAGAAAUAAAAGUUUUACGAUGCUCUGCGAUAGUACUAAUAUAGAAUUAUUAAGUCAUGCGAAUGCGGACGCUAUUGGAACUUAGAUCAGAUGCUCGGCAGUUUUUAACAUGAUCGCUGCAACAACCCACGGUCGUCGCUUAAUGCAUUCUCUCGGCGCACUUAAUGUAUUUACGUUCCAUGAUACGAUGAAGUGAAUCUAAUCAGAAUCACGUGAUUGCACAUCUUGAAAGCAGGAAGCUAUUCCCCAAUUGCGUAUAAACAAUAAAUUUAACACAAAUAUUUAUUCCUAAAAAGCAAUCGUGUUUCCAACACAAAACGAACUGCGAACUUUAUGCAUUUAUGAUAUAAACUAAUAUAACAAACACGUACUAAACGUAACCAAAAAGUAUGCGCACCAACGUAAAGUGAAAUAACAAUGUUAUUAUAGUGACUGUAUAAAUUAUGUAUACUUCAUGCAUGUUUUCUAUACUAUUGUACGUCAUAAAUGCAUAAAAUUCGCAGUCCAGCCAUUACUCUGUUAAUUUCGAUUUAUUCUUAACCAGCAAGAAUGGUUUCACGUGGUGCAUUAUUCAUUCGAAUAAUGAACUAUCGGCGA